AUGCGGCUUGCGAUCGCCUUUCUGUUUGUGGCGACGUGGCAGUUAUGCGAUGCGUACGACUAUUCGUCGUCGUGCACGCGGCCGUACCGCGCGAACCGCGCGCGUCCGCUACCCGUCGCACCCUGCGACCUUUCCAAGCAGACCUAUUGCACCACGCCGGGAAGCGCUUACCCCUGGCAAGCUAUACGACGAUUUGUCCGAGAGAACCAGGGACUCAUGAAAAGAAUGUAUGGUGAAGAACGACAUAUAUCAGUAUUAAAAGCUGAACUGGAAAACUUUAUAGAAGAUGAUGAUGACAGUGAUAGAAAAUCAGCAGACUUCGCUGACGAUAUAAUCAAAGCUAAAUUAAUGUACACGAAGAAAACCCACGGGCGUGCGAUGAAGGAAAAGCCCCACUUUAGACCAAUACAGACAGCUGACAAACACAAAAAGUUUGAAAACGACACUUUAAAAGUUAAACCAUUAGAAAACUACAUCAACAAUUUCAGAGUUAAUAACACAAAUAGCAAUAAAACCGAAAUAACCAACAAUGAAACUAUGAAUGACGAUAAAAGCGUAUCAUAUAAAACAAAGCUGGAAAGCAUAGCUAAUAUAGAAAUAAAUAAUUUGGAUCCAGACAUAAUAACUUUAGAAGCUGUUAUAAAACAAACUAUAGAAACUAACAAUAUAUACCCAACAUUUUCUGGAAUUUCGAAAAGCGAACCUUUGAGAGAUGACAGCGACCUUAAAAACAAUACUGAUAGAAAUGUCACAACAACUACAGAAUAUUUAAUGAAUACUACAGAAACUACUGAUAUGCAGUAUGAUUACACAACGACAGAACCAAACAAAAAUGGAUGGAAACCUAUGGAUACGGACACAUCUACUCUACCACCAACAUUAUUAUUCUCGGAACAUGACAAGAUAAAGAAUGAUAGAAUCGACACCAAAGUAACAGAUGAAAAGGAGGAGUUCCAUUUAAAACCAACGCAACAAGAAUCGAUGAGGCCAUCAGUCAUUAAGCUGCGAGGAGCCAACGCCUGUGAAUCAAAGGAAGAAAUGGCGGCGCCUUUCUGGGCCAACAGCACACGAGGGGAAGUGUUGGCGCUGCUCAACAUGUACCCUUUUGAACAAUACAUACACCUAGAGACCUGCGUCCAUGAACGAAAGCAAAUGUAUUGCAGGGAAGGCUGCAGAUGUGAACAACAAUACCGGCUUCAUCGCCUCCUGGCAUACGACCCUCGUAACGAGUGCCGGGGCAUAUUCGCCGACUGGUUCAAGUUUCCCGCUUGUUGCGUGUGCAAGUGCUACGACGUGCCGCUCGAAUUUCGUGCCAGAUCGCCCAGGAUCCUACAUCCUCAGUACGACGAGGAGGUCAAAAGGGUGAUAUAUGAAGACGUGGCGAGGGACUGGUACUCGAUGUCCGUUUACGAUGAAGAUGACGAUUUGUACUGA